AUGGAAAAAGUAAAGUCUAUAUUGACCAAGACAUUGGGUGAAAAAGCUGCGAUGAAUUUUAUAAAAGCUUGCAUGGAAGUUGAUGAUACUCAAAUAAUAAAAAGACGUGUCUCUACUCUACUAGAUACUCGUAAAAUGGAGAAUCGUCAGGUUUAUGAAAUUUUGAUAAGAGAGAAGAUACGAAGAAGUGGAUUUAGUGGAGAGGGUUAUCGUAAAUCUAAUUGUAUUGCAGGUGUUUUGAAUAGUACAUUAACACCAUCCGACAAGAUUUCAGAUUCAGAAAAGGUUGAUGUAGAGCAGUUAUCAUCACAAACUGCUAAAAAGGGAAAGCAAAAAACCAAGUUCUAUCCAUUAUUUUGUGAAGGAGCUCAGGGUGAUCAACUUGUUUCGCUCUUACCUGGUCGGCAUCCUUGUCAGUGUUUGGCAACUAAGCAUCAGUUAGUCAACAACUGUUUAAAUUGCGGUCGUAUAGUCUGUGCACAGGAAGGUUCAGGUCCAUGCUAUUAUUGUGGAAAUCUUGUUUGUACAGUAGACGAGGAAUACCAAUUAUCACAAGGAACUGCUAAACAUAGUCAGAAACUACGCAAUAAACUGUCGCAAGCAGCGUGGGCACCUGGCACUGAAACUCCAUAUUAUCGACGUAUUCGUCGAGCUCAGAAAUCAAAACAAGAAUCAAGUGGUGAAAUAAUCUCUGUUGAUUCUAAUUCAAAUGAUGGACUAGAAAGUGAUACCGAUGACAAUGACCUAAUAAAAAAGUCAGCCCAAGGAGCUCAAAUUCGUUUGGAACAAGGUCUAAUAAAUGCGUUAUGUAAACGUGAUAAACUUCUAGAGUUUGAUACCACAUGUGCUAGACGAACUAGAGUUAUUGAUGAUGAAUUAGAUUAUUUCGCAACAGAGGGUGGCGUUGGAUCAGCUGCAUGGUUAAGUCUUGAAGUUCGUGAGAGGAUAGCUCGGCGCGUAAUUGAAUUACGUGCUCAAAGACAUACACAUCGUUUCCAGUCUGCACGUAUGUGUAUUGACCUAGACAAAUGUGAUGUUAUAAAAGAGGAUACAAGAGAUGAAGCAGCUGUUAAAUUGUACAAUCCAAGUCAAGAAGAAAUGGAUGAACUUCGUGAAUCUCCAAAUAUUUCAAAUGCUAAUCAGUCUUUCAGAGAUAGUCAGAAGACCGUUAACUCAAAUAUUAGUGAAAUAACAUUGCCUACUUUUAUACCUCAAUCUAUGGAUAGCAAAAACUAUACAGCAAAUAAUGAUCAAAGUCCUGUCGUUAUGGCAUUAAGUCAAUCAACCUCUCUUUUACGAAUACAAGAUGAUGAGUCAAGACAACUUGUUGAUGAAGGUUAUUGUUUAAGUCUUCAUCAACCUUGGGCUUCAUUAUUAGUACGUGGAAUCAAGAUGGAAGAAGGUAGAACAUGGUAUACUCCGUAUCGUGGAUGUCUGUGGAUAGCAUCGACAGCACAUAAAACUGAUCCAGAGGAAAUCACUGAAAUCGAGAAUAAAUAUUUAAAGGCUGGUGUCCCCAAAUCAGAUAUGCCAACAUCAUAUCCUACAAGUUGUCUUCUUGGUCGAGUUAAUAUUGUUGAUGUGAUAACACAAGAAGAAUAUCGUGAAAAACAACCUGAUGGACCAUCACAAAGUUCGUAUGUAUUUAUUUGCGCUGAUCCACGUGAAACUUUAAUUAAAUUCCCUAUACGUGGGAAGCACAAAAUAUAUAAACUAGAAAAACAUAUGCAUAUUGCGGCAAAGAAAAAUCUUACAUGA